GACCCGGCGGUUCACAUGGUGCCCUCCCCCCAUGUGGAGGUCCAUGUUGUUCCUCCACAUUCAUCCAGCUGCACUGAUCUGAGAGCCACACAGGAGGAACUCUGCAGCAGCACAGUCGCAAUGAACGGGAGUCUGGACGGAAACUACAACCAGGUCCAGCAUGGCGGAUCCUUCAUGUUCACCUCAGAGUCUGUGGGAGAAGGACAUCCUGAUAAAAUCUGUGACCAGAUUAGUGAUGCUGUUCUAGACGCUCACCUGAGACAAGACCCUGAUGCUAAAGUGGCCUGUGAGACGGUGUGUAAGACUGGGAUGGUGCUGCUCUGUGGAGAAAUCACAUCUCGAGCCACUGUGGAUUAUCAGAAGGUGGUGAGAGACAUCAUCCAACACAUCGGCUACGAUGACUCGGAGAAAGGUUUUGACUUUAAGACCUGCAACAUCUUGGUGGCUCUGGAGCAGCAGUCUCCAGACAUCGCUCAGGGAGUUCAUGUGGACCGACCAGAGAGCGACAUUGGAGCUGGAGACCAGGGUCUGAUGUUUGGAUACGCCACAGAUGAGACUGAGGAGUGUAUGCCCCUCACCAUAGUCCUCGCCCACAAACUCAACGCUAAGAUGGCCGAACUGAGACGAAACGGGACGGUUCCCUGGUUCCGACCAGACUCCAAGACUCAGGUAACAGUUCAUUACAUCCAGGAAAACGGCGCCGUGAUCCCUAAAAGAGUCCACACUGUGGUGAUCUCAGUGCAGCACGACGACUGUGUGAGUCUGGAGGAGCAGAGGAGAGUCCUGAAGGAGAAGGUCAUCAAGGCCGUGGUGCCUUCAAGGUACCUGGACGAGAACACCGUCUAUCACCUGCAACCCAGCGGACGCUUCGUGAUCGGAGGACCUCAGGGUGAUGCAGGAGUCACAGGGAGGAAGAUCAUCGUGGACACGUAUGGAGGUUGGGGAGCUCACGGCGGCGGAGCUUUCUCUGGAAAGGAUUACACCAAAGUGGACCGAUCAGCCGCCUACGCUGCCCGCUGGGUGGCAAAGUCUCUGGUGAAGGCCAAACUGUGCAGGAGGAUUCUGGUGCAGGUGUCGUAUGCCAUCGGAGUCGCUCAUCCUCUCUCCAUCUCCCUGUUCACCUUCGGCUCCUCUCAGAGAACCGAGAAAGAGCUGCUGCAGAUUGUUAAUAAAAACUUCGACCUCAGACCCGGAGUCAUUGUCAGAGACCUGGACCUGAAGAGGCCGAUCUAUCAGAAAACAGCCUGUUAUGGACACUUUGGGAGGAAGGAGUUUCCCUGGGAGAUCCCAAAGAACCUCAACUUCUAGUGUGAGAUUUAUAGAUGUAGAAGCUGUAACCCAGUAAGAGAAAGGUUCAGGAAACAAAGAGGGUGUAGAUGAUGCUAUUUCACUGAUCUGAGGUAGAUUUGGGUGAGAGGUGUUCCAUCUGGGACAUAUUGUCACCUGCAGAUGAUUUGUUUCACGGUUUUCUUGCUUUUCUGUUCAAAAAUAAGUCCAUCCAUCCAUCCAUUAUCUAUACACCGCUUAAUCCUCACUAGGGUCAUGGGGGGGCUGGAGUCUAUCCCAGCUGACUCAGGUGAAGGCAGGGGACACCCUAGACAGGUCACCAGUCUGUCACAGGGCUACAUACAGAGACAAACAAGCACUCUCACAUUCACACCUACGGGCAAUUUAGAAUGAUCAAUUAACCUCAGCAUAUUUUUGGACUGUGGGAGGAAGCCGGAGUACCCGGAGAAAACCCACGCAUGCACAGGGAGAACAUGCAAACUCCAUGCAGAAAGAUCCCGGGAAAGCCGGGACGCGAACCAGGGAUCUUCUAGCUGCAAGGCGAAAGUGCUAACCACUACACCACUGUGCAGCUUCAAAAAUAAGUGAAUGACCAAAUUUUAAAAGAUUAUAUCUGUGCAUAUGUUUAUAAAAUGUAGAGAAUGAUCUUUGUUUUCAUUCAAAUUCUGCUCAGUACCAGCAGAAUUUCUGUAGCGCUGGGUGACCUGCAGCUGUUGUGAUUAUUAACAGUAGUUUUUAUGGUGUUUCGUGGUCCUGAGGUUUUGUUUUGCAGCAUAAAAUCAAAGCUGUAUGUUUGCUUUGAACAUGAAGCAUCCAAAUAAAACUGUUUUAGAAGAGUAUUAAUUUCCUCAAGACCUAUCGGCAUUUAACCCGCAAAGCAAACAUAAGGCGUGACUUCAAAAGGUGAUAAAGACGAGCUAAAAACCCUCAAAAGUUAGAGGCUCAAAAGUCUUUUUCUCUAUGCAUCGUAACAUUUAUAGUGUAGAUUUCUUUAUUUUUGUAGACCUCAAAGAGUUCCUGCUGGUGUUAUUGUUCCGCUGGAUAAUUAAUGAUGCUAAAGUUAUUUACAAUAGCUGACAGAGGUUUUUUUAGUCUGGAUUUCAUAAGAUGUGCUCUCAUAUGGUGAUAAAUAUGAGACAAAGAAGUUUCGAGGCUCAUAAAUCAAAGAAAAUGUGUGCAUCUUUUCCUGCAGGCAUCACGACAUUUUAUCCAUUGGAGAGCUGACUGCAGAGUUUCUGUAGGUGUUCAUGGUACUUACAGUAGUUUAUGUAGCUUUUAUGGUUCCACUGUGUUGUUUUUUAACAAGAAAUCAAAUCUCCAUGUUCGAGAUGAGUGUUUAGAAAAGUCUGAAUCUCUUUAACCCUCAUGUCGUCCUGCAGGUCAAAAUUGACCCGGUUUAAAGUUUGAAAAUGUGGAAAAAAUAUAUAUAUUUUCACAGUGAAACUUCUGAUGUCCACAUUUUCAACAUUUUUGGGAAAUCUCUGAACAUUUUUUAGUAGAAAAGAAGAAAUGUUAAAAAUGUUUAAGGACAUUCACAUAAAAAUCAACCAAAAUCCAAUGAAAUUCGCUGGAUUUUGGUUGAUUUUUUUCUGAAUGUUCUUAAAGAAAAUAUCAGAAGAUUUACUGAUGUAUAUAUGCAAUCACUUUAGAUAUUUUUAGUAUUUUUUUUGAAGAUUUUUACUAAUUUUUUCAAAAUAUUUACAAAAAUUUUCUUGCCAAAUUUGGGGAAAUUUUUAAAAUAACACUUUUAAGGAAACUUUUAAGGAAUUAUUGGAAUUUUCUUCCUGAAGGUUUUGCAAAUUUUUAGAAAUUUGGGGAAAUUUUCUUCAGAUUUUUGGGAUUUUUUUCAGACAAGGAAACAAUAUAUUUUGGUGCCUGUAAAUGAAGACAACAGGAGGGUUAAGACCAGCAGUAAAAAUAAAAGCUUCAAACUAACCGCAAAGCAAACAGAAGAUAUGAUCUCAAAAGGUGAUAAAUAUGUACCAAAGACGUUUCAGAAGUUUGUGUAAAUCAGAGAAACCCCAUACAUCAUUUUAUACUGUACAUUUCUAUAUAGUUUGGAGAGCUGUCUGCAGGCUUUAUUUAGCGAAUUAAAAACACUUUUUUUACUGUUUUGUUUUUCAGUAAGAACCUUCUCUCUGUAUCUUCCCCCACAGUCCAUAAAUUGCUGUCAUGGUUUUUAGAUGAUUUGCUGUGAUAACAAUUUGAAUUUUAUCUGCAGACAAAGAAAGCCAAAUUAAAAUGAGAUAUAAAUGUCCUAAA